AUGUGCAAGAUUUCGCUGGUAGACAUGCCGUUCGGUAGUAAAAACGAUCGAAUCUUCUGCUCAAACUGUUACGAUCAAGCCUUUGCCACACGAUGUGAUGGAUGUAACGAGAUCUUCAGAGCAGGUAUGAAAAAGAUGGAGUACAAAGGAAAACAAUGGCAUGACAAAUGCUUCUGUUGUGCCCAUUGCAAAAACCCAAUCGGCACCAAAUCCUUCAUCCCGAAAAAUGAGGACGUCUACUGUGGAUCGUGCUAUGAAGAGAAAUUUGCCACACGAUGCAAUAAAUGCAGGAAGGUGAUCACCACUGGCGGCGUGACGUACAAAAACGAGCCGUGGCAUCGUGAAUGCUUCUGUUGUACGCAUUGUAAUGUAUCACUAGCCGGUCAAAGGUUCACUGAUAAAGAAUUGAAAAAACCUAGUAGUGGAAAACCGCUACUUGUGCGAAUUGUUCAUCGGCGAACUGUCUGCGAAGAGAUGCAGCAAUGCGCUGUUUGUACGAAGCCCAUCACCGGAAUUGGUGGCGCCAAAUUCAUUUCCUUCGAAGAUAGACAUUGGCAUAAUGACUGUUUCAUAUGUGCACAGUGUACGACGUCACUGGUAGGAAAGGGAUUUAUUACGGACGGCACGGAUAUUCUGUGUCCGGAAUGCGCAAAGGCACGAUUGAUGGCCGCCAACUCAUAA